UGUUGUUUGAAACAAAGACUUGCUUUGACUUUUCCAUUGAUGGAUUCUGGGUCGCCAUCAAACAACCAUUGUCCAUUGGAUCUAUCAACUAAACUUCAAAAUAUCAUCAGAAAAAAAAAAAACAAAAAACAAAAAAAGCCGACUGGAAUGGCAAUUCAGGUAAUUUCACACCAAAACAAAGGGCAUUUAACGUUCAAACAAAGGAAAGAGAAAGAGAGAAAGCAAAAAAUUGAAGAGACACCACCUGAAAAUAAGCAGAGACGAGCGAAAUGGAUAGAAAAUCAAAAUAGAUAUUGAGAGAGAGAGAGAGAGAGAGAGAUCUGAGUUAAGCAGUGAGUAGCGAGAACUGAGUCGACUCGUGGUGUGGAGGUGAGUCAAUGUUUGAAGGAUCAAGAUUUGUGACCAUUCGGAUCCUGUAUUUUGAAAUUGACGUUAACCGUCUGAUUUAACCCCUCACUCUCUUUAAAGUUAACUUUUUUUAAGCUAAAUUGAAAGGGAACGAAAAACCUACUCGAUCGGGUCGGUUUUCGGAUCUUCAUUUGGAUGCUGCUUCCGCUUCCUCAGAUUAACAGAUUUGAACUCUGUGGAAGCUUUAAUUUCAGUGUAAAUGGAACUGAGGAUAACAAAAUGGAAGGCAUUUGGGCAAUGGUGAAGAAGUUACAGCAUUGCUGAGUUUUUUAGUAGCUUCAAUUUAAUAUUACUAUAGUUAGUAUUGAAGCUGGAGAGCAAAGCCUUGGAAGAUAUUGUUUUGAAGAAUUUGAGAUAAAGGUGGAAGUGGAUUUUUUUUGUUAAUUUUUAUGUUUUUAUUGUUAGGGGUAUUGAAGAUGAAUGAAAUCAUAACGUAGGUAUAGAAAUUUUGUAAGAGAGAAUUAAGUAUAAUGGAGGAUCUUUCCAGGUAUGCCCAUAGUCCUGCCCAUUUAGCUGUUGCCCGCCGUGACUAUGCUGGGCUUAGGCACAUUAUUUCGACACUCCCUCGGCUUGCCAAGGCCGGUGAGGUUAAUACUGAAGCUGAAUCUGUUGAGGCUGAGCUCCAGGCUGAUGCUGUUUUGGCCGUAAUAGAUCGUCGUGAUGUCCCAGGUAGGGAGACUCCACUGCAUUUAGCAGUGCGGUUGCGAGAUCCAGUCUCGGCGGAGAUUUUGAUGGCGGCUGGUGCAGAUUGGAGUCUUCAGAAUGAGCAUGGUUGGAGUGCUUUGCAAGAAGCAGUAUGCACAAGGGAAGACGUGAUUGCUAUGAUCAUUGCGCAGCACUACCAACCACUUGCCUGGGCAAAAUGGUGUCGUAGACUUCCCAGGAUUGUUGCCUCAGCAGCUCGUAUCCGUGACUUUUACAUGGAGAUAACUUUUCAUUUUGAAAGUUCUGUCAUUCCAUUUAUUGGUCGCAUUGCACCAUCUGACACUUAUCGAAUUUGGAAGCGGGGUUCAAAUCUCCGUGCUGAUAUGACACUUGCUGGAUUUGAUGGGUUCCGUAUUCAAAGAUCAGACCAAUCAUUUCUCUUUCUAGGGGAAGGCUACACUUCCGAGGAUGGGAAUCUUUCUCUUCCUCCAGGCUCUUUGAUUGUUCUUUCUCAUAAGGAAAAAGAAGUUACAAAUGCUCUGGAGGGGGCUGGUGCACAAGCAACAGAAUCAGAAGCUGCUCAUGAAGUAGCAUUGAUGUCUCAAACUAAUAUGUAUAGGCCUGGCAUUGAUGUCACUCAGGCUGAGCUUGUUCCUCAUUUAAAUUGGAGGCGACAAGAGAGAAGUGAGAUGGUUGGAAGCUGGAAGGCUAAAGUUUAUGAUAUGCUUCAUGUGACAGUCAGUGUGAAGUCAAGGAGGGUUCCUGGUGCAAUGACUGAUGAAGAGAUUUUUUCUGUGGAUGAUGAAGAAAGGAUGGCAAAUGGUGGUGAGAAUGACGAGUAUGAUGAUGUAUUGACAACUGAGGAAAGGAUGCAGUUGGAUUCAGCACUUCGUUUGGGAAAUACAGAUGGUUUUUGUGAUGAUGAUGAGCAUGUAGUUGUUGAUUGCCAAGAAAAUGGUUCACGAGGUUCCAAUGAAAACUUUGAAUCAAAUGGUGUUGCUAAGGAGAAGAAGAGCUGGUUUGGCUGGAAUAAGAAAGGCUCAAAACAGAGUGAUGACCCUGAGGAUUCAAAGAUUUUGAAGAAGUUCUCCAAAUUGGCCCCUGAAGGUAGCAAUCAGAGACAAGUUGGUAGUCACAAAUUAUCAUCUGAAUUUGUAAAGGAAGAUGCUGUGGAUGGCAAGAAGGGUAAAGAUAAAGGUGGCAAGAAGAAGAAGAAGAAAGGGGGCAUUAGUGAUGCUAAGCAUGAGAGUGAGUACAAGAAGGGUUUGAGACCUGUUUUGUGGUUAACACCAGAUUUCCCUUUAAAGACAGAGGAACUCUUGCCUUUACUUGACAUCUUAGCCAACAAGGUCAAGGCUAUAAGGAGACUAAGGGAGCUUCUGACAACUAAACUUCCUUUGGACAAAUUUCCAGUCAAGGUUGCCAUCCCUGUUGUCCCAACUAUUCGAGUCCUUGUCACUUUUACUAAAUUUGAGGAGCUUCUGCCCAUGGAGGAGUUCGCAACACCUCUUUCCAGCCCAGCUUAUUUCCAGGAUGCCAAGUCAAAGGAAUCAGAGGGUUCAACGUCAUGGAUUUCAUGGAUGAGAGGGAGUCACGGUGUCCAGUGUGGGGAUAGUGAUAGUCAUCGGUAUAAGGAUGAUGUUGAUCCUUUUCAGAUACCAUCCGACUAUACCUGGGUUGAUGCCAAUGAGAAAAAACGUCGUAUGAAAGCGAAGAAAGCCAAAAGCAAGAAGCAUAAAAAGAAAGCAGCAGCCAAAGGUGGGGAUGGUGGCCAGCAGGUGAAUGAAGAGGUGGAAGAAUAAUUACACGGUCCCAGUUAUUUAACCCCUUCAGUGGCAUCUGCAAGAGGAAGUGGAGGUAAGGCUCCUCCCUGUAUCCAUCUGAAAAUUUUCUAAUCGCAUUUAAGAGAUAUGGGGCAGUUGAUUUGCAGAAUGAUUUGGUGGGGGAUCGCUUUGAUUAAGAAGAGCCUUGUCAUCUGUUGUUGUAUUGUUAUGUGAUGUGAGAUUGGAGAGGGACAAAAUCUCCUCGUUUCAUUACUAGCUGUUUCAAUUCUAAUUUUUCUUGGACAUCAAAUCUUUGUAUCUAAGUCCCCAUGGUCAUCAAAUUUUCAUUUUUGUGAUUGGUAUUCUUUCUCCCGUCAUUGUAGUUCUUGAUAAUUCAUCUUUUUUCUUGCUCCUUUCACCCCAUCUGUUGUGCAGGUAACAGCCAAUGGAACUUAAAAUGAAAAACAGACUAUAAUUAAAGGAGAUGAUUUUGGGUAGCUGGUAGAUAUUGACAUGGAUCAGAAGGUUAGAAACUAAUAAAUCUGGGAUAAGUUAUAUUAAAUCUGACAAUUCUUAUAUAUGUGUAUA